AUGGCAGAUUGGGUAAUCAUUAAUGGCACAGCCAAGCGUAACUGUGAUGUUGUUGAAGUAAAAUGUGAAGAUACAAACAAGAACCAAACGUACCAGUUUUCUCAUACUCAAAUUGUCAAAAAGUGAGUAUAAAAAAAUUAAGCCCAAGAUAAACCUAAAGCUAAUCUUAACAAUAAGACAACUCUAAUCCUAAAGCUAAGCUUAAGCUAAUCCAUAGCUAAGCCUAAGCCAUCUGUAAACUAAGCCUCAUCUAAGCCUAAAGCUGAGCCUAAUGCUAAGCCUAAGCUAAACUAAGCUGAAACCUAAGCCUGAAACUAAGCCUAAGCUAUGUAUAAAACAAAACCUAAAGCUAAACCUAAAGCUAAGACUAAAGCUAAGCCUAAACUAAGUUAAGUUAAGUCUAAGCUAAGCCUUAAGCUAAGCUUAAAGUGAAGCCUAACCCACGCAUUAAGCUAAGCCUAAGCUUAAGUUAAGCCUAAACAAAGCCUAAGCUAAACCUAAAACAAAGCUAAAUUUAAACCUAACGCUGAGCCAAAACCUAAGCCUAACGCUGAGCCUAAACCUAAGCUUAAGUUAAACUUGAUGCUAAGCCUAAAGCUAAACCUAAUGCUAAGUUUAACCUAAGCUUAAGCUAAGCUUAAAACUACUCCUAAAAAACCAUCUUUUAGGCCUCCAAAACAGUUAAAACCUCCCCCAAAUGCCAAAAAUAUUCACCUUCUUGUACUCGACGGUGUAAGCCGAAAUCAAUUUCGACGCUCGUUGUCAAUGACCGAGCGCUACCUCGAAACUGAGUACGAUGCUAUCUACUUUAACUAUCUAAAUCGUGUUUCAUACGGUAGUCGACAGAAUGCUUACGCUUUUCUACUGGACGAACGAGCCUCGAAUAUAACAGCAUCACCAUGGCAUCAAGAGUUCAAUAAUGGCAUGGAUGACAUUGUUUGUUACAGUAAUAUUUCAGACUACAAUUAUAUCGGAUUCGAGUUUGAUAAACAAGGCUACUGA